UCCACCGUCAUUGUUUUUAAACUAGACACCGUAGUCAAAACAUAAGCAGACUUCUUGGCAUUAAUCAGAUAAAUUGGAAAAUGUUGUAGCUUAUCUUAUCAAAUUAAUUUACAGGCUUUGUUAGAAGCUCAGUUUUUAUAGUGACCUACGCUAUCAAGGAAGCUAAAGUUUAAAAGCGAGCUAUCUCAAUCAGUUACUCCAAUAGUAGUGAACAUCCAUCUUAAUAAUUUCAUUUUUCCUUGUAUCCAACUAAAAUGCUUAAUAUGUUCAAGUUUGCAAAUUCUCAACUAUGUGGGAGCGUUCUAAUAUUGUUAUUAUCUAUGCGAAUGGUAUUAGGAAUCACUGUAGAAGAAAGGAGUAGUACAUCAGUUGCGCCCAGUGAAUGGUUUAAUAUCUCAAUGGGAUCCAAAUCACAUCAAGGCAGCGAUAAUACUCUUCUUAUCUGUGAAAAAUUAAAUUCUACAACUGAUCCAGUCCAAAACGUGCACAACCACAGUGAAAUGAAAAGUGAUAGUGUUAAGAUUUCAAAUGCGAAUGUGACGGGUUCAAUAAAAUCUGUGGGAUUAAGUGGUACAAAUAAUACAAAAUUAAAGGAAUUGGAAGAUGAUAGAGAUACAUUUUUUACAUGGGAAAGUAUUGUGCUGCAUAUUGUAGUGUUCUUCGCUUGCUUUUUGCUAUACUAGUUUCUAUUAAAUUACUGUAGCUUGUUAUGUAUGUCGGAUAGUAAGUUAGCAAAGUGAGAAAAAUGUGUACAACUUGAUAUAAAUAUCGUAAUGCAGCUUAUUAUUCAUGAUAUACAAUAUUAAAAGGUAUGCGAAUAUCUUAAUUGAAACUCAAUCAUAAUUAUAAACACAAAUUUUAUAAAUAUUUUCAUUUAUUUGUAGUAUUCAACCUUUUCCAUUUGGUUACAAUAUGACCCUGAUUAAAGUUUGAAUUAUUAUAGUGUAUUCCAUCCAUUUACCAAAAAUACUAUAUUAUCGUCUGUUACCAUAGAUUAAAUUAAUUUUGUAAUAAAAAACAUAAGAAUUAAAUAUGAUUUUUAAACAGAAGUUAAAUCCAAUUUUAAUGCUCCAUCAAACAAUGACUGUAUUACCUACUUGAAUAUACUGGAGGUGUCUUUGAAUAAGAGAACUGUAGUAUCAGACUUCAGGUACUGUUCAACUUAAAAAACCGUAAGAUAGAUAAGUAGUUAUCAGUACAGUUACUAUAUAAAGGAUUACUUUACUUUAGUAGUUAUGAGUAUUUGCAAUCCCCAUAUCCCAUAUGGAAGUGAAUUUCCUUCAAAUUAAAAAAUAUCAAACUAAAGUAUGUGAUCUUGAAAUAAUAAAUCAACACAAUUUGAUAUGCUCGUUUUAUUAAAAUUGAAAAAUACAAUUUUUGGAGUAAGAUUAUAACGUAAUAUAAGAGUAAAGAGUAUUGUAUGAAUUGCUCAGAUUGGUAAAUUUUAAGGAUAAUAAAUGUAUAAAUUGAUUCAUCAUAGAAUCAAGAACUGAGAAUAUAUAAUGAAUAAUAGGUAAAUGAAUAAAUUAUUGUUUGAAUCAUUUCUCAAUCAGUAGUUUAUAGAAA